AGUAGGUGGGACUUGAUGCUCGGAGCAUGGACUUCCCUCUCCCGCGCCUCUACUCCUAACUCUACACCCGUAAGCACUGGAUCCGUGCUAUAAUAACCUGGGACUAGGCGUCUAACGGCAGCAAAAAUAUACGCCAUCCUGUACCAUGCAGCCGGGAGACGAGGACACUACUGGAGUAUCGAUUUUCCAGCCUUUUUUUCUGUAAAGGGGGUUCUGUUGACCCUGCCCUCUCUUUACACGGCAUCCGAACUACGGGGACACUACCGCAUUGGCAUUAAUUUGACAUACCUACACACGCACCCACUCUCGAACAGCAACACGGUUACAGGUUUAACGUAGCCCACUCCGGUGGCAUAGACGGCAAAGGAGUUUACUCUCGUUUUGUGGUCAGAAGAUUUGGAAUCAUGGAUUUAUUUUUCUUUUCAGCCCGAAUUUAUUGGUGGAGGGUGUUGUUUCUCCUGAGCGUGUUCCAGGGCUAUUUGAGUACUAUUCCGGACUGUCCGCCCUCAUGCACUUGCUCCAAUACGCAGAUCAAUUGCAAUAAGUCGGAAGAAGCGAAAUUCUUUCCCCUGCUUGCUCCACAAGACAGCGUGAACGACGGGAACAGCACAAACAUCACCUCAAUCAUCACCACCAUAAACAUAGAGGGCUGGUCAGGGCUGCAGGGGCUGGGAGAAGUGGACAUGGAGCUCUACACUGGACUGCGGAGCCUAACCAUCACCAACAGUAACCUGCACUCCAUUCAGCCCCGGGCCUUCCAGAAGAACCCCAACCUGCACUACAUAAACCUGUCCAAGAACCCCCUGAGAAUCCUGUCAUGGCCACUCUUCCAGAAUCUGCCGCUCACAGAAUUGAGGCUUGAUGAUGUGCUGUUUGACUGUGGGUGUGAUAUACGCUGGCUGCAGCUAUGGCAACAGAGAGGAGAGGCGGGGCUUCAGAACCAGCAACUCUAUUGUACGUGGGACACCACCCCCAUCCCCCUACAGACCAUGAACCUGAACUCAUCGUGUGACCUGCCAGAGGUUAGCGUGUCCCACAGUAACCUCACAGUAACCGAGGGUGACAAGGUAACCAUCUUCUGCAAUGGGACAGGCCUGCCGCUUCCAGAGGUUGACUGGAAGGUUAAGGGCCUGACCUCAAUCCGCCUGCAUGGGUCGUCUGUGGGGUACAACAUUCAUGCAGUCAACCUGGAUCUGUUCAACAUCAGCAGAGAGGACAACAACUUCUUGCUGACCUGCGUCGCCGAGAACUUAGUGGGGAUGACCAAUGCGUCUGUUCAGAUCACUGUGCAAUUCCCUCCCACUAUCGUGAAGCUGGAGGAGCCUGAGCGCCGGCACCACACCUGCAUCGAGUUCACCGUCCGCGGCCACCCGCAUCCCACACUGCGCUGGUACCAUAACGACCAGGAGCUCCUGGAGACAGAGUACGUGCGCACAGAGAUGGACAUCUACAAGGACUACCUGGAGGGCUGCCUCACCUUCCGAGACCCCACGCACCACAACAACGGCAAUUACACGCUGGAGGCCAGCAACUUCCUGGGCGUUGUCACGAAGACCGUAGAAGGGCACUUCCUCAAGGCCCCCUUUGUGGAAUAUUAUGACGAUUAUGGUACCCCCACACCGACCAUCACUGUAACUCACCGGCCAGAAGAGGACACCUUUGGGGUGUCCAUCGCCGUGGGCCUGGCUGGCUUCGCCUGCCUGCUUCUCGUCAUUAUGUUUGUCCUCAUCAACAAAUAUGGCCGACGCUCCAAGUUUGGAAUGAAAGGUCCCGUGGCGGUGAUCAGUGGUGAGGAAGACUCUGCAAGUCCUCUUCAUCAUGUGAACCAUGGUAUCAUCACUCCAUGCACACUAGAUGCAGGGCCGGAUGCGGUGGUGAUUGGAAUGACCCGCAUCCCUGUCAUUGAGAACCCACAGUACUUUAGACAUGGACACAACUGCAACAAACCCGCCACCUACGUCCAGCACAUUAAGCGGAGAGACAUCGUGCUGAAGAGGGAGCUGGGCGAGGGGGCCUUUGGGAAGGUCUUCCUGGCAGAGUGCUACAACCUCAGCCCCACCAAGGACAAGAUGCUGGUGGCUGUUAAGACUUUAAAGGACCCAACACUGGCAGCGAGGAAGGAUUUCCAGCGAGAGGCUGAGUUAUUGACCAACCUGCAGCACGAGCACAUUGUGACGUUCUAUGGAGUGUGUGUGGACGGAGACCCUCUCAUUAUGGUAUUUGAGUACAUGAAGCACGGAGACCUCAACAAGUUUCUCAGAGCUCAUGGGCCGGAUGCCUUGAUCCUGGUUGACGGACAGCCGCUGCAGACCACUGGGGAUAUGGGCCUGUCUCAGAUGCUGCACAUUGCCUCUCAGAUCGCCGCCGGAAUGGUCUACCUGGCCUCCCAGCACUUUGUGCAUCGAGACCUGGCCACGCGCAACUGCCUGGUGGGCAACGGCCUGUUGGUGAAGAUCGGAGACUUCGGCAUGUCCAGAGACAUCUAUAGCACCGAUUACUACAGGGUCGGAGGUCACACCAUGCUGCCCAUUCGCUGGAUGCCCCCUGAGAGCAUCAUGUACAGGAAGUUCUCGACUGAGAGCGACGUGUGGAGCUUCGGCGUCAUCCUGUGGGAGAUUUUCACCUACGGAAAACAGCCCUGGUUCCAGCUGGCCAAUAACGAGGUGAUUGAGUGUAUUACUCAGGGCCGUGUUCUGGAGCGGCCGCGUGUCUGUCCUAAGGAGGUGUACGACGUCAUGUUGGGUUGCUGGCAGAGGGAGCCUCAGCAGCGAAUCAACAUCAAAGACAUGUUGAAAAUCCUCUACGCCUUAGGCAAGGCAACGCCUGUUUACCUGGACAUCCUGGGCUAGCGCUCCGCAGCCGGUGUGGACAUCUGUCCAUCCGUUUGUCCGUCCGUCUGUCCGUCCGUCCGUCCGCCUGUCUGUCUGUCUGUGUCUAAGAUGGCAACUGACCAUGGAAUAGGUCCUGCCUGGAUCCGGUUGCGCUCCCCCACGGAUGAACAACAUCACAUCCCAGGAAUAUCCCAAAACAACACAAACCUUAACACUCCGCUGUCACACACCUUCUACACGGGGAGAGACUCAAGUGCCUGCUAAAACCUUUGGAUACACUGGAUAAAGUCUUUAAAAAAAGCACUUUUACAUUUUGUUUACCUGCAUUUAAAACUGUACAGUUAUACUGUAUGAAGAGGAAAAGUCUGUCUUUUUUUCGUAAAAACAACACUCUUCAAAAAAAAAAAAAAAAAAUACAAACAAAUAAUAACAAAAAUGCUUAAAAUCAAAGAAAAAGAAGACAACACAGGAUUAAACGUUGGCUUUUCAUAUUCUGACAUGAUGACAUGACAAUUCAGCUCUCCUGUCCUAUCUUUUGUUUUCAUUUUAUAAGUAUAUAUAUAUAUAUUAUAUAUAUUUUUAUUUCCUUGUUUUUUUUUUUUUCAAAGUGUGGACGUCUGCCAUCUCUCUAGUGAAGGACAAAUCCCCUUCUGAAGGAGACAGCUCGCUGUUGUCCAGUCAGACCGUUGGCAGGGACUUUGAAAAGCCUUACUGCAAUCUCAUCGGCUGGGCCUUUUCUUUGACACAAGAGGAACGACCAACAGGGCUCUUGAUUCCUCUCACAGAGAAAGCUUUCUAAUGAAUGGAAGAACUCUGUAGAAAAGGAGCCACCGAUUAAACCAACACAUUUAUUUAAAAAGUGAAUGUAUAUAAUGUAAAUCUCUGUGUCACAAAGCUACCGUAUGAUAACUUAUUUCCUAUUUAGAACAUUUUUGUUCCUUGGUGUGCAGUAAUGGUGAGUGAAUCCCAUAAAUAUUUUGAUAAUAUAAUAUUUUCUUUUUUUGCUUUGUUAGUGUUGUUUAUGUUUUGAAGAAUUUCCAUCCAAUCAUAGAAUGUAUGUUUUAACUAAGUUAAACCCAGAGAGUAUUCUAGUUUGUUGAUUUCAUUGGAUGUGCGACUAACGUGUGAAGGAAGUUAAGUUGAGCUAAGCUGCAGAAUACUCAUGACAAGGCACUUACCAUACAUUCACCAUACAUACAUGCACCAUACAUUCACCAAACAUUCACCAAACAUUCAUCAAACAUUCACCAAACACUCACCAAACAUCCACCAGACAGUCACAAAACAUUCAUCAAACACUCACCAAACAUUCUUCAGACACUCACCAAUCACUCACCAAAAAAUCCAUUAAACAUUCACCAGACACCUACAGCUUGCUGAUCUGAGUAUACAGAUCACAAUCUUAACGUGAUCAAACAUUUACCAAACAUCCAUGGGUCCUGGUACCACACCUUGUGCUCUGAGGCAUGGCGCUUACAGCAGUAGUACCACGUUCCACGCGCAGAUACUCCGCUUCUAGUCUUAACAUGUCCGAGCAUUCAACAAACAACCGCGGGACUUAGUGUAGCAGCUUUGGCAUUAGGAGCGCCAACACUACCAUACGCCAUCAUCAUCCAAAACCUUACCACUGCUAUAUGUCUAGAGGUCUAGUGCUUCAUAAUGCUGAAUACAGGCUCUAAGUGCUUCGAGUGUGUGGGGUGUGCUGAGGUGUACACCCUAAAGGUUAGACCAUUCUGUCUAUUCACCUAAUCCUUACGCUGCUUUCACAUUGCGGUGUCUGUUUUUAAAAGUACAUGUCAAAGCUCUGGAUAGAAAAUGCGCCUUACUGCGAAACGUUAACAGUGCUUUGCUUAGUCUGACGGUGUCACAAAUUUAUUGUGCAUGAUUUUUUAUUUUAUUUUCAGGAGAACUAAUACAUUACUGACAUUCCAAUGUAAUGCAUCAGGGACUAAAUUGUCUGUAUGACAGUUGUGUAGAACAGACGCUGGACUCGGGUUGUAUUUGUUCCUGAUGAUUCUCUGCACUGUCUGCCUCAUCCAGUUUCCCCCUUUGCCUUCAUGCCAUCUGGUUCUGUGGGACUCGUUCUAAUGGCUGCUUGUGUUGACUGCUGAUGGCUUCCCCUCCAUAAUGAUACUCUUUCAUUCUCUCCCUCGCCGACAGUAACUUUUUCGUCCUCUGUCUCUAUGGCUACAGCUUUUCAUUCACGCUUAAACUGUUCACUUCACUCUGCUGCCCACCUGUUCAUUUCCUGUGAGAAAUACUAUAUGCCCAGAAUAGCAGUUUCUGGGAGGGUUUGGCAGAAGGAUAUUCAUUAUUUAAGCCAUUUAAAAGCAUGUUCGCCUAAACUGUUUAGACCGUUUGGAUUUCAUUAAACAAUGAGACCCAUAAAAUGUACUAUUCUGUUCCACUAGGAUUGAAUUCCCUUUCCUUGAUUUAUAAUGCAAUAUGUAGGCCCCUUUAUACGGGUUUGAAGCCAUCUUUUUUAUAAAUGCACGCUCAUAAACACAUGCAUACACACACACACACACACACACCACCUCUACCAUCGGCUAUAGGACUGACAUAAACACACUUCACAAAAGAGACAUGUCCAUUCCCUGCAUGUGUAACAGUAGGGAAGUUGGCAAACGCACAGCUGUGAAUUAUUCAUUACACGUUACUGAUGGAACAGUGUAAGGCUCUCUCUUUCUUUCUCUCUCUCUCUCCCUCUCCCUCUCUUUCUCCUUCUAUCUUUAUUCUGCUGAGUAGUGGAAGUUCUUUCCUGGACGAGACGUGGGUGUUGGCUCAAUAACACCUCAAUGAUACAUUCAUAAUGAUGUGGUUGCCGAGCUAGGCUAUAAAAUCUGUAGACUCAAAAAUGGUCAUUAGCUGGGGGAAGGUACUGUACUGGGUCAGAGUACAGCAAUCAAUACAAGCACUUCUGGCUCCAUGAAGCUGAAACAAGUUACGUCACUUCUAGUCUGAGGAAGAAGUCCGUCUGAAGAAGAACUAGUUGUGUUUCACUUCUGUCAGUUUUUUUUUAAGGCAUGCUGUGGGAACAGUUUGGUUUGGCCCUAAUCUCGAGUGCACAAACGCUCAAGCUUCCUGGCACAUUAACUUUGGGAGCGGAAUAAGUACGACAG